GCCAAACUAUCUUCAUCAAAGAGAAAAAAGACUCCGUCCAGCCACAGAAUAUGCACUGGCAAAAAUCUUCUUCUCCAGAACAACAGCCACAGCCUCGCCCCUAUCAAGGUGUCCGUGUUAAAGAGCCGGUGAAGGAGCUAUUGAAGAGGAAACGGGGAAAUGUUCAUAAUGCCAACUCAACGGCUGCUACAACGGUGGUUUUACCUCAUCAGCCACUUCCUUCAUAUUCACCAAUGGGCCAGCCUUGCAUUGAUAUGGAUGUUGCUGCCUCUUCAUUGCCUGUCACAGAUGAAGGAGGGCUCUGUUCUGGUUGGCUCUCCCAGCCCUCACCCACGUCCUUACAACCUCUAACUCAGUGGACCACAUAUCCUGAUUAUGUGUCCCAUGAAGCAGUCAGCUGUCCAUACACAGCAGAUAUGUAUGUUCAGCCUGUGUGUCCCAGCUACACGCUUGUUGGACCUUCAUCUGUUCUUACUUACGCUUCCCAACCACUGAUCACCAAUUUUGCACCCAGAAGCACCACCCCAGCAGUCGUGCCUCAGCUGGAGGAUCAGCAGGCACCCCUCACGUAUUUCCCAUGGGCACAGCCCCUCUCCGCACUGCCAGCCUCCACCUUGCAGUAUCAGCCAGCUUCCUCCACGCUUCCGGGGCCACAGUUUGUGCCCUUGCCCAUCUCCAUUCCCGAGGCAGCCCCCCAGGAGCUGGAGGAUGCCAGGCGAGUCAUCGGCACACUGCCCAUUGAGAAGCUGCUUCUGGAAGAUGAAGACAACGAUACGUAUGUUUUAAAUCACACUCUCUCUGUUGAAGGGCUUUAAGUUGCGCAUCUUGAGCCUGGUCCUUGCUUACUCAAUACUUGACUUGGCCCCACAGUGAAUUUUGAGUAAGAAAAGGAAAAGCA